AUGCAGCCGACUGUGGCAGAAUUGCAUCAAGACCCAGCGUCGAAUGCAUUGCUUCCGAGCAGCGAAGACCUUCUAGCAUCGUAUGUUCAGGACUGCGACCUCUCCUGGCCCGAAACAUUCAUCUCGCGACAGCGCAAGUGGCUAGGCGAGGAUGUUGGCUCUGAUCCAGCCUCCCUUACCGCGUCGAUGGAGUCCACUUUCAGACGGUUCCUCAUCGAACUUGAGAUCUCAAGCGAGGAUUUGCUUGGAUGGUCCUCCUCCAAGCCCGGUUCCGACACCACAGACUCCACCACCGCACCCAAGCUCUUGCCCCUCGGUGUCUUGGCCGCUGUAACAUGUUUUCGGGUGGAAGACGAGUUCGACUGGGUCCUCGGGUUUCUCGACGCAUACAUGGAUGAUACCACCACCCUCGACGACGUCGCUGUCUUCGACAAAGAGCUUCUCCACACGAUCGCAGACCACUUGAUCCGUCUGCUCACCGAGACACUACUUUGCUCUGCGUUGGUCAAAGACCUCUCGAGUCAAAGCGGUCGACAUCCGUAUAUCGCUGCGAGGUACGAUACACCGGCUAGAAUGGCUGCGGUGACAUCGGCGCUGCGUGAGAAGCUCAGCGAAUACAAAGAGGUCACAAAAGACCUGUCCAAGAAGCUGCUGACGAUUCAUUGGGAGACUGGGGGCAAUGUGCUCAAUCCGAACAAGACACGGAGAGACAUCUUGCUGGAGGUCCUUGCUCGACUUGAGGGACAGUGUGUAGAGUGA